GCAAACCCAAAAUGAUGAGAUACUUCUGCACUUUUUAUGAACAGUGAAAGGUUACUGUGGCAGAGUGAAAGUCCCGUUCUAUUUCUGCUUUCUCCUCACUGGCCUGAGGUCAGGAAAGCUCCGUCCAGACCCUCUCCCAUAAACAGGUUCACUCACACGCUCUUCCUGGGACUGCCUCUGGGGAUUUCUCUCUUUCUCAACAAGGCGAUCAGGCUUACUGCAACUGCAUGGAGAGGGGGAGAGUGUUCGAAGUGUCCUUGAAAUGUUUUACGCUGAUCUUGGGAAUUGUCUGCAUCACGAUUGGCAGUAUCUACUUGGGUUCUUGUACCAAGCAAUACUUGAUCCCAAUUUAUCUGAUUGUUACCGGGAGCUGUUCGCUUCUCUUCCUGAUUAUAUCGUCGAUUCCACAGACUUCAAACGAGAGCGACAUUCUCAAUAAAUUCAGCAGAUUUUGCAAACAUUUCGAAUCGCUGUUCUCCUUCAUCUGGCUUAUAACAGGAAGCGUUUGGAUCUACAGCAUCUACCAGCCAGAUUAUAUUGACAAAGCUUCUCCCAAUUAUUGCGACAAAACACUAUACCUCUUUGCCUUCUGGAUCACCACUGCUGUUUAUAUCAUUCUCGGGCUCAUGAUGCUUGUUGGAUUUUGUGUGUGUAUUUGUGGUGGAACCUUGGUUCUGACCAAGAAUUUUUCAAGCUCUUGAAUGAGGAAAGCCUUUGCUCCAUCUUAAUUUGAGAAAUUUGCCUGCCGAUAAACUCUGGGCUUCCGCAGAUGAACGAAUGGCUUUCGCACUGCUUGUGUGGGACAGCUUUUCACAAAGGCAUCUCCACAUUUUUUCGUUUGUUCUGCAUAACCUUCAUCUGAUAUUUCAGGAAGGAAACGGCACUUAAUCUGCUCGUCAUUCUCAAACCAAUCAGUUAUGUUUCAAAAAAACAUUUUGGAUGUAUCUGUGAUAUAUUUCUAAUAAAAAAGCACCAGUAAUUCCUGCAUUCU